UUUUCUGUGCGCACACACGCAAAUUGACACACUCACGACCACCCCACCGCGUGCUAUACCCCCAACACAUUACACUCCUUGGAAGGAGCAUAGUUAGGAACUUGGCUGGCCACUAAGAGCAGGAAGCAGAAGGGAGCGGACCAGUGGGCAGCAGUAGGGCAGUACCUGAGACGGUGUCCGCUCAUAUAUAUCAUCAUCAUGAGGGCAGCUACGGCCAAAGCUGCGCUGCUGGGAUGCGCUGCCAUCGCGCCGACAGCAGCCUUCACAGGAGGGGCUGGUCUUGCUAGAGCAGCUGGUGGGAGGGAUAGGCGAGCAGCGUCGUCUACGGCAGGAGUGCGGAUGAUGGCGAUUGACCCCGCCACCGUUCACUCGAUUGGGGAACACGUGAACGCUGUCGGGUCGGCGGGACUUGACCACACGUGGUUGUCGCACGUCAUGCACGGCCUGUCGGAUGCGGCUGCGGUUCCCCUGGAAGCGGUGGAGGAAGAGGCCAAGGGCCCCAACCCUUUCAGCUUGUGGAUCGAGUUUAUUCGAAGCAGCGUGCUGGGAAUCAAUGACUUCUACAAGGGUAUCGGUAUCGAGCAGUCGUUCGGCCUCGCGAUCGUGACGUUCACCCUCGGAGUCAAGACCCUCCUCGUGCCCCUCCAGGCGAUCCAGCUCCAGUCGAGCGAGAAGAUGCAGGUGCUCCAACCCACGGUAAAGGAGAUUAACGCCAAGUUCGGCCAGAACAAGGAGGCCGCCACCGCUGCCACCAACAGGCUGUACGCGGAGACCAAGGUCAACCCGCUUAUCGGGUGCCUCCCCGCCCUGCUUCAGUUCCCGGUGUUCAUCGGGCUGUACCGUGCCAUCAUCGGCUUCGGCACCGAUGCUGUCGCCAACGAAGGUUUUCUGUGGCUGCCUAGCCUACAGGGCCCCACGUUCGAGAAUGGACGCGGUAUCGGUUGGCUCACGACCUUCGUGGACGGUCACCCUAUCCUAGGGUGGCACGACACCCUUUGCUACAUGAGCAUCCCUGCCAUCCUCGUUUUGUCCCAGAAGCUUUCCAUGACGCUGCUCACUCCGCCGGACGACGGCCCCGAUGAUGCCACGGGCUCGUCGCUCAAGACCGUGAUCACGUACCUACCGGUAUUGAUAGGCUGGUUCUCCCUCAACGUGCCCUCGGCGCUCGGCAUUUACUGGCUGGCCAACAACCUGUCCACCACGGCGACUUCCUUCGCCAUCAAGGCUUUCUUUAAGAUGAACCCCCCCGAAAUGAACAUCCCAUCGGACAUCCUCGACAGCCCCACGGCCGACUACGCCCUGCCCACCGUCGCGGAGGCAUUGGAAGACGCCAAGGUUAACGCAUGGCCAGACCGCCGCAGCCGGCGCUACGCGUGAACACAUCCUACUUGAGAACAACAACUUACAGGAUAGAAAAGAACGAAUGGAAGCCAAGCACAUCCAAGAUUUUGAGCUUUGUUUUGUAACCACGCCGGGUUUUGCCCUUCGUGUGUGGUUGUCAUGCGGUUGGAGUGUUGUAGUGUACGCUUGCGUGAAUGCCGCAAGUUUGUUUGUUUUUUGUGCCACCGCCGCCACCGGUUUCAGGCCACUGCCGGGGUCAGGUGAUAUACGGAGCGAGCGAGAGUCACUUUUCAAGUGGAAAUCGGGUCUAGUCGCAGAGGAGUCUUGUCACGAAAAAUCUAAGAAUACGAAGGGUAGUUUUUGAGAGUUUUUUUGUUGGCGUCCCGUCUUGGCUGGUGCGGACAAUGUCACGUGGUUUGCUCUUUUCUCUAGCGUGCCCUCGGUUUCCUUGUGUUUCCCCCUCCUAAAGUGUGGUACAGACCGUCGUUGCAGAUCGAAUCUCGUUUCGACAGCAAUGUUUACAGUGGGCCGAUAUUUGAGAAGACAAAGUUGGCUACGUUGCUAUGUACCCUAGACCCUGUCGCAAAAACGAUCAAGAGAUGCACCGCAGCAGGAAGAUGGGGACUCAGAUGAAGAGAAGAGAAGCAGCCUUGGAUGAUUCCCCGGCCCUACCUUACAGUGGUUGAUGGACACGGACUAGAGAGCAGAAUGAGGUGUCAGGUGUAAGGAAAGGAGCCGGAAGAAGAGGAUAACUUAAUUUUUGGCUGAGUUCGGAAGGCAAGUGUGCCGCCGGGGACUCAGGUGAAGACAAGCUCGGGGGGGG